GUAGCGCGGUGUUGCAUGGGUUCUGCGGUGCUUAGGGCAUACGAGUGUUUAUAGGACCCAACACUACAUUGCAAUACAGCAUUUCAUCUAAUUGACAGGAUGUAUGCCAGACGUGCUUUACAGUUCAUAAGUUCAAGCCAUGCUUCGAAAAGCAAGAAAUGCUUGCGAAUAAGCCAGAGACUUCUCUCAUGCGCAUCUACUUCAUUAAACAAGAAGGCUUGGGAUUUGCCAGAGCGUGAUCUCGUUGACAGGAAACAGGAGAAGGGUCACAUCGUUCUAGAUAUUGCUAAAGUGAAGCGUGAGCCAUUUCUGAAGGAACUUUUCAAGGCAAAUUUUGAUCAAGAAAUGCUAUCAUUUCCUGAAGUUUUGAAUAAGGAGCAAGUAGAUGCUUUGGAUGAGAGGCUUGUUUCUUUAGGCUACAGGAAUGAGACAUUCCAUGCUGAUCCAACAUUGGACACACUUCAGCUUGGUGGUGUUUUUGGGCUGGAGGUGCCUGAUGAGUAUGGUGGUCUUGGGUACACCAUGACUGAAGCAGCAAGAGUGCUUGAAGCGGUCUCAGCCAGCAGCCAUUUUCAGACUGUGCUGGCCCAUAAUUUUCUUGUACAGGCACUGUUAAAGGCCGGCUCAGCCGAGCAGAAGGCGCGCUUCCUGCCGCGGCUGGCACGCGGCGAACUGACGGCUGCUUUCUGCUGUGCCGAGCCGGCCGCCUCCUCCGACCUGGCAGGCCUGCGCUGCAUAGCGCGUGACGACGGUGAGGCUGGCCCUCUGCUGCUGAACGGCCGCAAGGUGGGCGUGUCGCGUGGCCGAGCCGCCGACCUCCUGCUGGUCAUCACCAAUGCCCAGGAUUACGACCAUCUGGGUAACCAGAUGCAGCACCUGUCGGCCAUGAUUGUGGAGAAGGACGCCGGCGGGAUCACGUACAGCACGUGCGACCCGGGCCUGGGCGCCGACCUUUGCGACUUGGAGUUCCGCGACACGCCCGUGCCGCGCGAGAACAUCCUCGGCGAGGUAGGCUCCGGCCACGCCGUGCUGCUGCCCGUGCUCAGCCACGUGCGCACCCUCUACCCCGCCCAGCUAGUCGGCUCGCUGCGGUCGCUGGUGGCUCUGACCACCGAGCACUGCCUGCACCGGCCGGCGUUUGGCCGCCACCUGGCCGACUUCGGCCUGACCAAGGUGGCACUGGCCGCCGUCAACCGCGACCUCUAUCUCAUGGAGAGCCUCACUUACGUCACGGCGGGAAUCUUCGACCUGACCGAGAGUCCGGACUACAUGCUGGAGGCGGCCGUGUGCAAGGUGACCGGCUCGGAGCUGGCCCAGCGCGUGGUGGACCGCUGCCUGCGACUGCUCGGCGACAAGGGCUACUACCGGCGGGAGGAGACGGGAGACACGGCCGAGCGGUACCUCCGGGAGACGCGGGCUGCUCUCCGCUACACCGGCUCUAACGAGCUGCUCCGGCUCUUCAUCGCCCUCGGAGGUCUGGAGCACAUCACCCCCGCGUACGCGGAUGAGGUGACGAAGAUGCGGAACCCGAUGCUGUUUCCUGUCCACGUGCUGAAGCAACUGGUGGGCUCUAUGCGAGGGCGUCACAGGAGUCCCCACCACCCGCUCCACCUGUACGCUUGCCUCCACCCCAGCCUCAAGCUGCAAGCGGACGAGCUGGAGGAGUGCUCGCACUUGUUCGCCGACUCGUGCCUGGAGGCGCUGGAGCGGUUCGGCGCCGACCUGAUGAACCAGCAGCCGGCGCUGGCCUGGCUGGCCGACAGCGUCGGUCAGCUGUACGCCAUGACGGCCGUGCUGGCGCGAGCCUCGCGCAGCUACUGCAUCGGUCUGCGUGACGCCGAGACCGAGAUGGCGCUGGCGACGUCCGUGGUGAUGGAGGCGGCGGACCGGAUCCGCCGCAACGGCCAGCACCUGGAGCGCUCCCCGCUCGCCUCGCCGGACUCGCCGCUGCUGAGGGCGGCCGACAUUGUGCUGGAGCGGGGCGGCUACGCGUCGGCCCACUCGCUCCACCGGACCUACUGAGCUGCCUGGGCACUCCUCGGCCGCCGGCCGCGGCAGGCGUGACGGGUGUGGGCGUGAGCGGCCGCGCUCGGUGGUGAGGAGCACCACCUGCCCGGUCAGGCGUGCAAUGUCUACCGGGUGUGGCCAGGUUAGAGUGACGUGUGUGUUACGCCGCCAGCGGAAUCACGAACAUACAGCAUGCAUAUGAGCACCGGCUGAGACGUACUCACGGACGUCUCGCCGGAGCCGCCGAGUGUGUGCGGCCGUGCCGCUCUCGGUCGGCUGUGAGGUGUCGGACGUCGGACCCUGCGCUUCAGCGAGCCGCUGCGGGCGAGAUCGGGGCACCGGCCGGCAGAUACGCGGCGCAGCAGGACGGGUCCGGUGGCGACGCCGCGCCGAGGGCGAGAGAUGCCCCCGGCCGCCAGAGCUCGGGCUCCGGCGGCGCCGGCCGGCCGGGGGGCGCGCGAGCUGGCCGCAGUAUGUCGUGAGGCGCGCGGCGUCAUGGUUCGUCCUGCUGUCUGAGAUCACUGCAGUCUUGUCAGAGUAUAGUGUUGCCACUCACCAGUGUCUGGUGUUGCAGAGCAGUGGGAUAGAUAGGGAGAGAGUGAGCAUUUGCUGUGAGCUUUGGUAUAGCUCAGACGGCAGCAGAGAAACUGUUCUUCUCAAGACAUGAUGAACAGUCCUCUACAAAGAUCAUCAACCGCUGUCGCGAUGGAGGUCAAACCGAUCCUUCUCACCUCAUUUUUCUUCGCCACGCUACUUCAACA